UAUUACGAUGUUUUUAAAAAUGAAAAAAUGUGAUGAAGUUAUUACGAGAGCAAAAACGGCAGGAGAUAAAGAACCUUGGGAUAGUAAUGAUUUGAAAGCAAUAAACUAUAUAUACAGUUCUAUAUCAGAUAGACAGAUGGAAUUUAUUGGCGACUACACGACGGCUUUUGAAAUAAUUAAGAAAUUUGAUAGUUUAUACUUGAAAGAGCCAACGGCAUUGCAAAUAGUGUGCAGGAAUAAGUUGGAAAAAUUAAAGUCAAAAAAUUAUAGUAAUUGUGCAACCUUUUUUGGUGAUUUUGACAAAUAUGUAAAUGGAUUGAAAAGUGCGGGUGCCUCUGUAACAGAAAAAGAAAAGUAGAACAUGCUACAAAUGUGGAAAAGAAGCGCAUAUACAAACACAAGGCAGAAAUUAUUCAUGGCGAUCGGCACGAGGAAACUGUCAACAAAGCCGACCAAGUAUCAGUAGAGGGAACUAUGUUCGUGAACGUGGCCGAAAUCAGCAAGAUACGAGUGCGCAUCAAGCUGAGCAAUACAGGCAGCAGAAUGAAGACAGCUGUGCGUGGAUUACUCGAGUAGAUUGUAAUUCGACGUAUCAUACAAUAGUAAGUCUGAUAAUAAUGGUUGUAAUGAAAUUAAAUGAAUUUUAGACAACGGUUGUACUGAUCAUAUUAUAACUAACGAUAAAUAUUUUGAAAAUUUUAAAAUUUUGGAAAAACCUGUUAAUGUUUAUUUGGGAGAUAAUAGUUAUGUAAAAGCUACAAAAAUAGGUAAUGUAAUUAGUUAUUUUGAUGUAUAUGGAAAGAAAGUUAAAAUUGAGAUGAAAAAUGUAUUUUAUGUAGAAAAUAUGCAUUCAAAUUUGGUAAGUUAUAGUAAAAUUACAGAAAACAAUAAAAUUAUAUCUGAAGGUAAAACGUCAAAAAUUUUUAAUAAAUUUGGUAAGCUAACGGCAAUUGCAUUCAAAAUUAAUAAUUUAUAUUAUAUGAAA